AUGUCCGAAAACACCUCGAUCGAUCAAUUAGCGGACGCCGCUGAUCGUAUUUUCUCGCAACUGGAUAAUCAGACAAUGCCAGUACACAGUGCUGAAGCGACUAGGGACCACAGCUCCUUGGAAAAAACAGUCGAGGAUUUGCAGCGCCAAUGGUCGAAGCCGGUUCCCUUCCCGCCGGCGCUUCAGAAGUCGACCACGCUCGUCAAGUCGGAACAAGGAUGCCCUCCUACUAUGUGUUACUACCACCGACGAUAUGGUCGCCUCUUCUAUGUGACGGAUACACGUAAUAAUUUACGUUUUUGGUUGACACCGGCGCUGCCAUUAGUGUCUUACCCGUGCGUGAGAAAAGCACGUAAACAACCUUCCAGCUCCGCCUACAAGCAGCAAAUGGUUCCAGUAUUAAUCCUUACGGUACGAAGUCCCUUACCUAAACAUAGGGAUGCGACGAGACUUUACUUGAAUUUUACUGUUGCUGACGUCCAGAUGCCGAUAUUAGGUGCCGAUUUCCUGGCGCACUAUGAUCUCGCCGUGCGAAUGAACGACCAUUCCCUGACUGACAACUUAACAAGACUGUGUGUUCUUGGCACUUAUUCUAAACUUACCACCACUGGCAUCACCGUGGCAACGUGCCACAGUAAAGAGUACUUAGACUUAUUGAAUCAGUACCAGGACCUCCUGCGUCCUACUGGAUCUAUUGAUUCAACUAAACAUCAAACACAGCACUUUAUUAAGACCACUGGUCAACCUGUUUUUUCCCGUCCUCGUCGUCUAGCACCUAACAAAUUAAAAUUCGCAAAGAAAGCUUUCGACGACAUGCUACGAGAGGGUGUUAUUCGUCCGUCCGACAGUCCCUACGCUUCCCCUCUUCAUUUGGUACCUAAACCAGGAAAGGAGGACUAUAGAAUUUGUGUGGAUUAUAGAAGAUUGAAUUCCAUCACCGUCCGGGAUCGUUAUCCAAUCCCCCACCUCCACGAUUUCACUUCUGCUGUGACCACACCACCAGUUUCUUCCUCUUUUAUUCAGGACUUACGCCUUAAAAUGGCAAACUUAUGCUAUACACCACCGCGGCACUGCCCGAGUGAUAUCUAUCUACCGCACCAGCUCAAGGACUGCGAAUUUGUAUUUGUACGUAAUGACUCUGUUAAGCGGGCUUUACGCCGGCCUACACAGGCCCAUACCGCGUUCUUAAACGCGCGGACAAAUAUUUCCAAAUACAGAAAGGUAUUCACACCGACAACGUUUCAAUAG